GUAUUUUUUUUUACAAAGUUGUUAAGUCAACGUGAAUUUUUCAAUUUUUAAUCAAAAUUUUUAUAUUUUUUUUCUGGAAAGCAGAACUUUAUCAUUAUCUCGAGAAUAUGUCAACUUUUAAUGUGAAAAUUAAAUGGAACAAAGAAACAUAUGAUCUGGAACUAGACACCAAUGAGCCACCAUCAGUAUUCAAAGCACAAAUAUUUGCCUUGACAGGUGUAACUACUGAUCGACAAAAAGUCAUGUUCAAAGGUGGUGUCAUUAAAGACGAUGAAUGGAAUUCGACAAUGUUGAAAUCGAUUAAAAAUGGUGCAACAUUUUUGAUGAUGGGAACCGCUGAUGAACUACCUGUUGAACCGCAACAGAAAAAUGUCUUUAUUGAAGAUAUGACAGAAAAAGAACUAGCUGAGGUUUUGGAUCAGCCAUCGGGUUUGAUAAAUUUAGGAAAUACUUGUUAUCUCAAUGCUACAAUACAAUCAUUGUCGACUGUUCCCGAAAUGAAAGAAUGUCUUAAAAAGUACAAAGGAUCAUUAACCUUGAACGAAUCUUUUGAUGGUGCUCAUGAUAUCGUUGUAUCAUUACGAGAUGUAUACAAUAAAAUGGAAACAUCAUCAACCGUGAUGCCGGUAUUGUUACUCGAAAUGUUGCAUAUUAUGUUUCCACAAUUUUCGGAGAAAACCGAAAACGGCCAAUUGGCACAACAAGAUGCUAAUGAAUGUUGGAGUGAAUUGAUAAAAGUUUUGCAGCAAAAACUUAAAAUUGAACCGAUUGGAGGCGAUGCUGCAACAAAUUCGCGAAAUUUCAUUACUCAAUAUUUCGGUGGAACAUUGCAGGCAACAAUGAAAUGUAUUGAAGAUGAAUCGGAAGAACCGACUGUUUCAAAUGAAAAUUUUUUACAAUUAAGUUGUUUCAUUUCGCAAGAUGUUAAAUAUCUUCAAACCGGUCUUAGGUUGAGAUUGGAAGAAGAAAUUAACAAAUAUUCAACAAAAUUAGAUCGUGAUGCUCGUUAUUUGAAAACAAGUAAAAUUUCUCGUCUACCAGCAUAUCUAUCAAUCAAUUUGAUACGAUUUUUUUACAAAGAGAAAAAUGCUAUCAAUGCCAAAAUUUUGAAAGAUGUCAAAUUCUCAUUGACAUUAGAUAUGUACGAACUAUGUACACCGGAAUUGCAGAAAAAAUUGGUACCAAUGCGUCAAAAAUAUAAGGAUCACGAAGAUCAAAAAGUAGAGAAAAUGCAACAGCAAAAAUCUAAAACUUCUGAAAAACCGGAUGUUGAAUCGGGUGAAAAAAAAGAUUAUUAUAAUUAUUCAUUCGAAGAUGAUUCUGGUUCUAGCAACACUGGUCUUUAUCAAUUGUAUGCUGUACUUACACACAAAGGCCGUUCAAGUUCAAGUGGACAUUAUGUUGGUUGGAUCAAACACAAGGGCAAAUGGUUCAAAUGCGACGAUGAUCAAGUCUAUCAGGUGUCUGAUGAAGAAAUAUUAAAAUUAUCCGGCGGCGGUGAUUGGCAUUGUGCCUAUGUUUUAUUGUAUGGGCCACAAUUGAUUGAAAAAUGUGAAACUUUACAACCGACUAGUGGCCAAUAAAAUAAACAAGCAAACAGAAUAUUA